AUGGAGUCCAUUCAAUCAGUUCUCAACUCCAUGGAGAAGAAUGAAUUCAUGACAAUCGUGCCUCCCUACAGAUCUCCAGUACCCCCUUGGGAUCUCAAUUUAGUUCUGUCUGUGCUUCAAGAAGACCCUUACGAACCACUAGACACGAUCCCCUUGCCAUCACUGACUGAAAAGGUGGUUUUUCUACUGGCCAUCACUUCGGCCCGCAGAGUCUCCGAAAUAGCUGCAUUGUCGUGUAAAGUUUCAUUCACCAUCUUUCACAAGGACAAGGUGGUAUUACGUCCGACCCCGGAUUUCCUACCAAAGGUUGUUUCUGAAUAUCACAUUAAUCAGGAUAUAGUCGUACCAUUGCUCUGCCCAGAGCCUAAGAAUUCAUCUGAGAGUAAGUUACACACUCUGGAUGUAGUUCGUGCACUCAAGAUUUAUUUAGAGUGCACCAAGAGUAUCAGAAGAGUGGACGCUCUCUUUAUUAUUCCCAACGGUCCUAAGGGAGGAACCAGGGCUUCCAAGGCUACCAUUGCCAAGUGGAUUUGUUCCACGAUUGUCAGAGCUUAUGCGAGAUUUAAAAUGGAGGACCUGCUGCCACAGGAAGAAAACGUGAAUCAUCUUCUAGAUGAUGGGGAAAGGAUGAUCGAGCUAAAUCAUCCAGCCGUCCCCUGCAUUCAGGCCCACCACGAAGCUCUAAAGGAUGAAUGGCAAAACUUUCUCAAUCUGUGUAUCUGUCAGGAGAACCAUCUGAAGAACGCAGAGGAGUACAAAAAGUUUCAAGAUGAUGCAGACACCGUCGCUCACACUUUAAAAGAGGUCAACAGAAACCUUGACACCAAAUUCAGUAAUUUGGCAGCACCAGGGGCAGCUUCAGAACUGCAACUCCAGCUGGAAAAGGAAGACAAGCAGCUGAUCCAGGCUGAGAAGAAACACACUGAAAUCCAACAGAAACCGGGAACCUGGUACAUUCCAGUUGUCACUCCACCUGCACCUCCAGCUCGUGUGUCAAGUAUACCAAGUGAGGAUCCCCAGGCAAAUCAGCUCCUUAACAAGCUAAACAAGAUCCAGGAUGACCUGAAGAACACAGAGCAAGAGGUUUUGUCCAGGGUACGCUCUCCAGUUAGUCAGGCUUCACCCAGUCAAGAUUUGGCUGGGAGGCUGAAACAACAAGAGGGGACUGACCUUCGGCUGCAAAACAUAGCGUUGGAGAAGGACACAGUGCAGAAAGAGUGCGAGGCUUUCCUGAACAAGAGCCCAGUAGGAACAGUAGCCUCCCAGCUCCCCAGCAUACAAUCAAAUAUUAACAACAAGUACAAAGAUGUCCAGGUCCUAAGUUCGCUCUAUGGAGAGGAGGCCAAAGCAUCUUUGAACUUGGAAAAUCAGAUUAAGAAGACUGAUGAAAUGAUAAGCGGAUUUGAGAAUUCUUUGGUGCAGGAUGGCGUGAUCCUAUACUCCCCAAAUGUACUACAAGAGCGGGCCUCUGAAAUUCAGAAAAUGAAGAGAGACCUUGUAGACAAACAAGACAAUCUUUUGAAGCUAAACAAGAGCCUGAAGGACACUGAGCUGGCAUGCAGCUCUCUACAGACUAACUGGCAGGAACAUUCGCCUGACCUGCCACGCCAACGCACCCAAGUUCAACAUCUCAAUGACCGCUACCAUGCUGUUGCUGACCAGCUUGACCAGAGAGAGAAGAUACUGAGAGACACCAGCCUGCCUUAUCAACAGUAUAAAUCUUCCUAUAAGGCUCUGGACACCUGGCUGAAAGGUCUUCCUAAAAACCAAGUCACAUCAUCAGAUAGCCCCAGCCAAGUCAACCACAAGCUGCAGUCUCAGAAGAGGCUGUUGGAUGAGAUCCAGAGCAAAGAACCAGAGAAGAAUAAUGUGGUUAAACUUUCAGAUGACCUAGUGAACGCUUUUGAUGACUAUGAAAAACAAGCCAGUCGGUACAGUACGACCCUUUCCUCCACCAACCCUGUCCCUCCUAAAAAACCAAAGGGUGUAUCUAUGCAGCAAGGAAUAGAAGAACAGCAAAAAGAUCUAGUGACGCGAUACAGCCAGGCUGCUGUGGAGAGUAGGCAGCAGCUUACUCAGAUGGAGUUUGCCAAGAAAGUUUUGGAUAAGUCUGAUGGUACAGAUGGAAUACAGGCUAUAACUCAGCAAAACCUUUAUCGUAGAACCAGAAACUAAGAAGGAAAUUGCAAGGCUGAAGUCUGUGCUGCAAGAACUCAGCUCUUGAAAAUCCAUGUCUGAUAAGGAGUUUGAUACAGUC